AUGGUUGUCAAGCAUGUGAUUUACCAACAAGGUUCUUCGUUUCGAAUUCUUUUACGCAAGCUUUUCAUAGUCAUUGUUGCCUAUGAAGCACGGGUACAGGUACGAAUACGAAUACUAGUACUGGUACGAUAUGGGUACAUCAAUAUGUUAAUGGUUGUCAAGCAUGUGAUUUACCAACAAGGUUCUUCGUUUCGAAUUCUUUUACGCAAGCUUUUCAUAGUCAUUGUUGCCUAUGAAGCACGGGUACAGGUACGAAUACGAAUACUAGUACUGGUACGAUACGGGUACGUCAAUAUGUUAAUGGUUGUCAAGCAUGUGAUUUACCAACAAGGUUCUUCGUUUCGAAUUCUUUUACGCAAGCUUUUCAUAGUCAUUGUUGCCUAUGAAGCACGGGUACAGUUACUUGAACAGAUACAUUCUUCCAUUUUCAAUUUUAGCCUGAAACAUUUUAUUCUUGAAUUCAUUUUCACAGUAGUGCUGGAGAAAAUAGAUGAGCAAGAAGGUUUCAAGCUGUUUGGGACCACUGAUUCUUGUGAACCUGAAAAUGCAGUAGAAAUACUCGAGCAAAGGGAGCAAAAGGUCUUAUUUCAUGAAUCCACUGAGUUGGGAAGAGCAAGCAACUUGCGCAAAAGUUUAGAUUGGGAUACUGCUUUUUUCACCAGUGCAGGACUUCUAGAUCCAGAAGAGUUGUUUAUUAUAAAUAAAAGAUUUGAGAAGGUUGAAGCUCACCUAUUACCCGUAACUCAAGAAGAUCUGUGUACGCGGAGAUAUGCAGACUUAGAAUCUACAUUAGAUAGUGAUGACUUCUCCUUGGACAGCAACCAAAGCACUGAGGUUGAUUUGUUUGAAGAUAUAAGAGCAUCCAUUGAGAAAUCCAAUAUAAUGUCCAAUAUUUGCAAGUCAGUUUGCAAAUCAGGAGUUGGAGAAGCCCACAAACGGGAAACCCACUCCUUGAAGAAACUUGAUGACAUCUCUCGAAAUAGGGUGAAAUCCACACGAACUUCUAGAAGCCAAAGCGUCUAUAUGCAAGGAUCAAAAGGAGUUAAGGAGGUUGUCCAUCCACAAAUCGUCCAGGCAUGUAUACAUCGAAGAAAAUGAGAUUAUAUAGUUCCUUUUAGUAUUUAGUAUGCAUAAGUGUUCAUCAUCUCAUUUGCUCAAAUUGAAAGGCUGCAUUAUUAUUUAUAACUUACAAGUUACAAGUUUGUCCAGGCAUGUAUAAAUCGAAGACAAUGAGAUUAUAUAGUUCCUUUUAGUAUUUAGAAUGCAUAAGUGUUCAUCAUCUCAUUUGCUCAAAUUGAAAGGCUGCAUUAUUAUUUAUAACUUACAAGUUACAAGUUUGUCCAGGCAUGUAUAAAUCGAAGACAAUGAGAUUAUAUAGUUCCUUUUAGUAUUUAGAAUGCAUAAGUGUUCAUCAUCUCAUUUGCUCAAAUUGAAAGGCUGCAUUAUUAUUUAUAACUUACAAGUUACAAGUUUGUCCAGGCAUGUAUAAAUCGAAGACAAUGAGAUUAUAUAGUUCCUUUUAGUAUUUAGAAUGCAUAAGUGUUCAUCAUCUCAUUUGCUCAAAUUGAAAGGCUGCAUUAUUAUUUAUAACUUACAAGUUACAAGUUUGUCCAGGCAUGUAUAAAUCGAAGACAAUGAGAUUAUAUAGUUCCUUUUAGUAUUUAGAAUGCAUAAGUGUUCAUCAUCUCAUUUGCUCAAAUUGAAAGGCUGCAUUAUUAUUUAUAACUUACAAGUUACAAGUUUGUCCAGGCAUGUAUAAAUCGAAGACAAUGAGAUUAUAUAGUUCCUUUUAGUAUUUAGAAUGCAUAAGUGUUCAUCAUCUCAUUUGCUCAAAUUGAAAGGCUGCAUUAUUAUUUAUAACUUACAAGUUACAAGUUUGUCCAGGCAUGUAUAAAUCGAAGACAAUGAGAUUAUAUAGUUCCUUUUAGUAUUUAGAAUGCAUAAGUGUUCAUCAUCUCAUUUGCUCAAAUUGAAAGGCUGCAUUAUUAUUUAUAACUUACAAGUUACAAGUUUGUCCAGGCAUGUAUAAAUCGAAGACAAUGAGAUUAUAUAGUUCCUUUU